AGUUCGUCGCCGCGAUGCCAUUAUUUUGCUUAUAUCUAUAAUGUAUCUCAAUUACCAGCAGCUGAAAGUUUGGUAUUAGUAGACUUGACACAUUGUUGAGCGUGCACACAGACAUAAAGGCGUUCAAAGCGAUUGUUUAAUAAAGGACUUCGUUAGUUCAACCAUCGUGAUAAAUUAUUGCUGGCUGUUAAUUAAAAUGGACGGAGUAUGCAGGGACAGUUUUGGAUUGUUGAAUAAUUCUAUUUUUAAUGUUUGGACAUGUUCAUUGUGUUAUAUGUAUUUAUUUCCAACAGAAAAAUUAAAAUUCAAUUUUAACAGAAUAUCGCCCGGCUUAAUAGAUGUAGAUGUACGAAAUGCUUCGGAUUUAAAGAGCACUGAGUAUAUCUGUGAUAGCCUGGACGAAUAUGAUUGUACCAGAUGGAAAGACUGUUGUAGAUCAGCCGAACAGUGUUGCCAGCAUCAGCGGGACACACCUUUUCCAACUAAAAAAAAAGUCUGUCCUCGCACUUGGGAUGGCUACAGCUGUUUUGAGGAUACCUAUCCGGGAGAUACCGCGAAGAUUUCGUGUCCAAGCUACAUGAAAUAUGGAGAUCUGCGAGGUCAUGUUGAGAAAUCUUGUACAGAAAAUGGGACGUGGCUGUCACAUCCUUACACUGGGAAGCAAUGGACAAAUUACACGGGGUGUGUAACAAUAAAGAGCAUCAGCGGGGUGGUUAACGCAGAAGUGUCAGCAAAUGCCUUCAGUCUUCUGCUUCUUGUUCCGUCUGUGGCAAUUUCCCUGACAUUCAGGUAAACAAUAAAACAUGAAGCGGUGCAAUAUACUGUAAUUCGUGUUGAGAACAAUUAACUGUGCUAAAUUUCAUUUAUGACCCUCAUUUGAAGAAACAAGACAUGAAAUACUAUUGUUUAUUGAU